AGCUCCUCAAUGAAGAGAACCAACUUCACAGGGGUGAGAGAGUUUGUUUUCCAAGGUUUCUCCAAUUACCAAGAAUUCCACCUCACACUCUUUGUUGUCUUCUUUGCCCUGUACCUCCUGACUCUGGCUGGCAAUGUCAUCAUCGUGACCAUUAUCCGUAUUGACCAGCACCUUCACACCCCCAUGUAUUUCUUCUUAAGUGUUCUCUCCACUUCAGAGACAUUCUAUUCCCUGGUCAUCAUCCCGCGAAUGCUUGGUAGCCUUGUGGGUCUGAGCCAAACCAUCUCGCUAGAGUGCUGUGGGACACAGCUCUAUUUUUUCCUUGGAUUUGGAAUCACCAACUGUUUGCUUCUAGCAGUCAUGGGUUAUGAUCGCUAUGUGGCCAUCUGCAACCCACUUCGCUAUACCAUCAUCAUGAAUUGGAGGGUGUGCACCAUUCUGGCAUCUUCAGUCUGUGCUACAGGGUUCCUUCUCUCACUAGUUCAGGCUGUGUCCAUUUUCAGGCUUCCCUUUUGCAACUCACUGAUUGAACAUUUCUUCUGUGAUGUCCGACCCAUGUUGAAUCUGGCCUGUGAAGUGCCAGUUGUCAAUGAUAUCUUGACAUUAGUUCUCACCCUACUGGUCAUCACUGCACCCGCCACUUUCCUAUUCAUCUCCUAUGCCCUCAUUAUCUCCACAAUUCUUAAGAUUGCUUCAGCUGAUGGCUGGAAGAAAACUUUUGCCACCUGCAGUUCCCACCUCACUGUGGUUGUGAUCCACUAUGGUUGUGCCUCCAUUGUCUAUUUCAAGCCCAAGUCAGAGAGCACCAGGGACCAGGACCAGAUGAUCUCAGUGACUUACACAGUUAUAACACCUCUACUAAAUCCCGUUGUGUAUAGUCUGAGAAACAAAGAAGUUCAGGAUGCCCUUCGGAAAGUGAUGGGUAGGAAAUCCCUAUCAUAGUUGCUAAUUUAUGUCCAAAUAAUUUCAUCUUUUUCAUAUGGAACAUUAUAAGUAAAAUUAUAAAACCAGGGUCUCAUGUGAUUAGAAAUCUCAUAUUUGAUAAACAGGGACAAGGCCAGGACAUAAGAAGAGUUAGGAGUCAGCCUCCAAUAAUUGUGUUUUAUUUCUUUAACCUCUUUGUUAACAUAAUAAAUAUAAAGGUCACUUGCAAGGCCUGUGCACAGACAGUCAUUGGCCCUAUUCCAGAAGAUAAUUACAAGGUCAAAGUAUGAUCUUAUGUUCAUUUUGAGCUUAAAUUUAAAAGAAACAAUCUAUUUCCUGUUGAAUUAUAAACCACACAUUAAACAUUACUCAAUGGAAUAUUCUCUUAGUGUAAAUUAGAUGCUCAAGCAAGUGAAGAGUAGGAAGGAUAUGUACAGACAUCUAACUGCCUUGUGUUUUAAUAAGAUAAAUGCAAAACUAAAGACAUCUUUUAAGAAAUUGAUUUGGGAUAACCUAAAACUUCCUAGACAGACUAUCUUCACACAGCCACACAUGGAACACCAAGGGAAAUCCACAUUUCUGAUCUUCCUCUAGUAGAACUCCUAAUGAAAGGGAGCUAAGGAAAUGUCAUGAAGAGGGAAGGAGACAUUAAAUGGAAAAGUUUUAAUCAGCAUAGAAUAACCAUAAGAGGCUGGCCAUAUCACCUGAAUGCAAAUGACUUGGUCUAUUCAUUGCUUCUUAUUAUUGAGAAGCCAGAUGGAGGAGAGGGCUUUCUGGAGCUGAUAAUAAAGUCAUCCUUCAUAGAAAAGAAAUUUUUUAAGUCUCAGGAAGGAAGUGGAGGUCCUUGAGGGAGAUGAAUGCUGAGAAGUCUGUGAAAUUGGUGAAGCAGGAAAGGUUACGAAGAAAUCGUCUGAGAAGUUCCUGAGAGUUGAAUCAAAGUGAGAGAUGACAGGGUGAGGAGGGCCAAGAAGAAAAGAACUUUAGAAAACGUCCUUCUGAUUGAGCCUCCUUCUUCCCCUUGUAAACCAAGUCACCAAGGCAAGGAAAGGGAACUAGGUGGAAACUCAAGCCAUGAUAACUCCUGUGUGAAAUAAAUUAGAUGAUUGAAUUACUGAGGAAAAAUAGAAAUGUAAAUAGUAAGGAAUUCUGACAUGAAGACUUCUAUAAAAUUCAAUUAUCUGAGCUAGAAAUGAAACAAUGACAGACUAUUUAUUCUUUCUUUCCUCAAAAAUUGAAAAAGGAGAAAAAUGGGGGUAAAUUUUAGAUUCAAUUUGUGAGCAAAAAGCAAGUGAUGAAUAAAACUUAGUGAUUAGCAGGUACAAUUACUGAUCAAAUCAAAGUAUUUUAUUAUAUUGAGAAAUUAACUUCAGUAUACAAAAAGAACAUAUGAGUACACCUUAUUCUCCUUGUAAAAUGUUGUCAAACUACAGAAUAUCAAAUAAAAUAUCCAAAGCUAUCAUGCAUGUAAUAUACUAUGUAUGCAAUAAAUAAAUCUAAGGAAGUUCCAUCCUCCUAUCUGCAUUGUCACUCAGAACUCCUAAUACUUUUGAUGGAGGAAAAAUUACCUAGAUUUUUUUAUGUAAACCUAGUCAGUUAUUGAUGAAUAAUCCAUGUUGAGUAAUGAAUAAAAGUUUAGAUUAU